AUGAAUAAGCUCAAACGAUUACGAAAAUCAGGGUCGAAAAAAAGCUUGAUUAAAAAAUAUAACGUUCCAAGUCAAAUUAUAACAAGUUCCUUAAGCAAAAAAAAUAAUAAGAUAUACUCUCACCAUGACGAUGAUGAUAUUGAUGAUUUACACGCCAAAGUUAUGAUGAUAAUUGAACGUGUUAAUGAUGAUUGCCUUGGUGAAAUAUUCAUGUAUGUGCCAGCAUGUGAAAGACCAAAAAUUGCAUUGGUAUGCAAAAAAUGGAAGAGAGUUCUUGAAUAUUCUUGGUUCAAUGUCAAAAAACUUGAACUAACUCAUUGGCAAUAUGACGAGUAUCCACAUUUUUUAAAGAGAAAAUAUCCAACGAUUGAUGGACAAUUCACUUUUUUGAAAUCACUGCUUUAUAAAUGUGGUCGUUAUUUAACAGAAUUAGACUUGUCAGUCUAUGCUCAUUGUAACAUACUGCCAGUUAUUAGUGAAUAUUGUCAAAAUCUCGUAAAACUUCGAAUAAGAAUCGGAAAUAUUGAUGAUGCAAUAUUAGAUAAUGCAUUUUCACAUCUUUCUAAGCUAAAAGUAUUGAAAAUUAUACUUCAUCGUUGUUUUCGUAAAGCAAAUCCAGCAGUACCUACAACUUUAAUUAAUUCAUUAUUAAACGUUGCUGAUACAUUGACUGAUCUCAAUAUUUCAAAUUGGCCUGCACUCCUUCUACAAAUGGCUCAUUUUCCAGAAGAAAUGACUAGUGUGAUUUCUCAACUGAAGGCCUUAAGAAAAUUGGGAAUGGCUGGUAUACAAUGUCCCAAAAGUAUGUGCGACUGUUUGGAAAAUUCUAAAACAAUAAAAACCAAUAGUGAUCACGCUUGUUACGUUAAAAGUAAUAUUGAUGUUCGAGCGCUUCUUAACAGAAUCGAGGAAUUAGAUAUUCGUGGUUGGAACAUUUCCGAUGAUUGUAUAUUUACUAUUGCUAAUACUAUGAAACGAUUACAUACACUAGUUGUAUCAUGUGAUUCGUUAACCGACACUAGUAUCGUUACAUGUACAAAGAUAAAUAAUUUAAAAUAUCUUGAAUUUGACGGCUUUAAUGAUGCCAUUGACUCCUCAAUUAAAUUGCUCAAAAAUUUAACACAUUUAAAGUUACCAUUCAACAAUAAAAUUACUGAUGAAUUAGCCAUUAAAGUUCUUGAAAAUUCACCAGGCAUGAUUUGUUAUUGCGUUCGAAACACAGUUACACUUGACCAUGAUCAAACUGAAUAUGAAUAUUUGGAUAUUGAGUAUAUGAAAAAACAGGAACAUCCAAGAACGAACAUUAGAUAA